UGCUUCCCAAAAACUCACCAGCUGCACGCGUGGCUUUCCUUUUCUUCUGAUUGGUUUAGUUGUUCCGCUUUCUGCUGUGACAAGAAGCCUGUCUGAUAAUUCCUGUGAAAAGUAAGAAUCUUACUUACUGUCCUGGAGUCACUUCACUGGAGUGAAUUUCUCUAUGGUCCUGCACAGCCCGUCGUAUUUGAAAUAACAGCAUCAAACCAUGGCAGAUCCCAACAGACCACAGCGAAAGAUGUCCAUGUCCGGUCAAUCCCUGUACAGGACGCUAGGACUUGAGAAAGGGGCAUCAGAAGAAGCAAUCAAAAAAGCUUAUAGGAAACUUGCUCUGAAGUAUCAUCCUGACAAAAACCCUGAUAACCAAGAAGCGGCAGACAAGUUCAAAGUCAUAAACAAUGCCAAUGCGAUCCUUAAUGAUGACACCAAAAGGAAAAUCUACGAUGAAUACGGUUCUAUGGGACUGUAUGCGUCUGACCAGUUAGGAGAGGAGAGUGCACAAUAUUAUUCCUUGAUGUCCAACUGGUGGUUUAAGGGUCUGGUUUUCUGCUGUGGUGUUUUCACUUGCUGCGGUUGCUGUUGCUGUUGCUGUUGCUGUUGCUGCUGUGGAAAAUGCCAAACACCAGUAGAUGAAAGCUACCAGUAUGUGGACCCAGAUGACCUAGAGGCACAGAUUAAUGCAGAAGAAGAAGGAUCCAAGUGACAGUUCGGAAGAGCUGGAACAAGGGAGAUUCUAGAAUCCCUAUCGUGAUCCAGCCGCUGUCCGAUACCAGCACUUCGGAGUUGUAAUAUGGACCAAAAAUAAAACUGAUAAGUAGCAAAGCAAAGCCACACAGUUCUGAGGACUUCAUCAAGGGGUUUAAAUCUAGCUCACUGUUGCCAGUAUGUAUGUUUAGAAUUAUAUAUGUCAAGGCUGCCAUGAUUUCUGUGUAUGCUGGAUUAAGUGGAUUACUGUGUAAAAUUUGCCAAAACAAUGCUAAAGGAAACCAGAUGUGCUUGUGCUACUUGCUGUGCCACACAAACACCUGUAUGUGUUGUACUAUGCAUGGAUGUUUUGUAGUGCUAAGAUUAUAAAUAAAUUGGUACCACAGUUCUUACAAGCCUGAAAUGGUGAUGGCAAUGUUAUAAGUACAGGGUGCUUAUACAUUUGUGCUUUUCAUGUGGAAACCCUUUUGGAGCUGAAUUGACUUGUCUGCAUGUUGAUUUUUAUCUCAAAAAUAGAAACUGUACUUGAGAGGAACUGUGGCCAUAUUAAAUCAAUAGCACAUUGCAAUAGGCAUUGGCUACAGUGCACUCUGUGACCCACAGUGGUGGUUCUAGAACUUUGCUGCAUCUAUCAUGCCAAGUCUUGUUGCUCUGGAGCGAUUUUUUAUAAAGUGACCAAGUGAUUUUAUAUGGAGGUGCACAGGAAUGGUUCAUCUAGCUCAGAUAAUAGUUUUAACUUUACUUAACAAACUAAACCUCUGUCCAGGUUUUAAGUGGUUACUUCAUGAUACUUAUACAACCUGCAGAGUCACCGCUUUAUAACCAUCCUGUAUAUUGGAGCUCGUGCCAUCCUGAUGGUUUUGCAUGGAUUGCAGGAUAUUGCCAUGUGAUAUGUUCAUGUACUGUACCUGUUUAAAUUGCCCUUAAACAUGUGUGCUUGGGGCUCCCGAGUGGCACAUCCAGUAAAGGCAGUCCACGUGGAGUGCAGGAUGUGCCCUAUAGCUUGGAGAUCGCAGGUUCGAAUCCAGGCUAUGUCACUGCCAACCGUGUCUGGGGGUUCCUAGGGGGUGGCACACAAAAAACGGACAAGGGUUGGAACGGGCCAAAACUGAAGUCAAAAUUUUAUCGGGUCGGAUAUGCGAGUGCUGACUGUAAUACGGUUUAAAGGCAUAGUGUGGACUGGGUCUGUAAAACUUUGUAAAUAGUAAGUGAACAAAAUGACCUUAUAAAAUGACCUUGGGCGAAGGUUAUACAGUUAUUUAUUCAAGAAACUGAUUGUUUUUAGGCUUCUUUAAGAAGUCUUGAACACAGUCAUGACCCAAGCUCAGAUAGCUUUGACAGACUUUUAAGAAGCUUUGUGAAUAAGGCCCAUAGAAUAUUCAAGGGUCAUUCUUUGUUAAGGCAGCUGUAAAUGACCAAUGUUUGCUUUUGUCACAAAUGACUGUUUUUUGUUGUUCCAAGAUAUUUCUGAUGAAAACUUGGCUGUAAACAUGUAUUUAUAAACCAUCAGAUCUAAAAAAUAAUAAUAAGGGGGGGUUAUAUCAAGUUCUGUUCCUCAUUAUGUGUGUUAAAGAGAUUUUCAUUCAGAUUUUCAGCUGGUGUCCAUAACAUGAAAGAACAUUAAAAUGGCAUGCUGUACCAAGUUAGUUUCAACCAUCUUCUAUUAUUUAGCAAGCAUGUUUUACCCCUUGAAUAAGUAUGCUACCAAACCCAGUCUGUGCACACACAGUUCUUAAAGAUGUCAGCAUCAGUGAAGCAGAGGUAUGAAGUAAGUUAUAGGAGCUACUGUAAAAAAUAACAAAACGCCAGCCCCAGGUGAGAUUUAUCCAAGGGUGCUAAAGGAAACAAGGGUAGCAAUAUGUAGACCACUGGCUACUGUCGUGAAUAGUUCUGUAGAAACAUAUGAGAUACCUGUGAAUUGGAAGCUUGCAAAUAUUUAAAGAGAGGCCUAAGACAGACCCAGGCAAUUAUAGACCUACUGGUUUAACUUCUGUUACAUGCAAAAUAAUGGAAGUAAUGUUAAAAGGUAAGUUUAAAGACUAUUUGUACAGCAACACUGUUAUAGGGGAUAGCCAGCAUGAUUCAAAAGAGGGAGGUCAUGUUUAACUAACCUACUUGACUGUGAAUGAAAUUGCUUCAGCCUAGAAAAAAGGAAGGGAAAGAUGAUGAUACUUGAUUAAAGUCUACAAAUUUCUAAAUGGUAUUGAUACAGUUACCCAAGACACCACUCCAAAUUAAGCAGAGUAAAACAAGAGGGUAUAAAUGGAAGCACUGUUUUACAGAGUUAUAAAUGCAUGGGAUAGCCUUCCAGGUGACGUAGGAUCUAAAACACGGGGAACAUUUUAAAAAAAUCUAGAUUCUGUUCUAUUCAAUUAGAUCCCCUACUAGGAACGAAUCUUGAUGGACUGAACGACCUCUUCUCAUUCAUAAACUUUUCUUAUCUUGUUAUGUUCUAAUCCAUGAUCGGGUGAGAUUUUUUUUCAUGCAGUGGUAAAUGCAAACUGUUUAGAGUACGUUUAAUAGAGGCCCGACUGCUUGAAUUCCUGGCAUCUGGUUAUUUCAACAAUAGAUGAACCAGGGGAGUUCUGAAACCAAGAACUGGAUGCAGGAAUAGUGUGAGUUUCUAAGUACGGAAUAAAGCGUUUGACAAUCCAAGACUUUCUCUGUUGGCUAGUUUCACAGACUCGGAUUAGCUCUUGGAUUACUCUACCUAAAUUAACAUUGAACAAUCCCAGAUUUGUAAUAAUCGGGGCCUGUGAAACUAGCUGAAAGAGAAAGUCUUCCGAUUUGACUAGUUAAAAUGUUUGUCAAAGAAUGUUGCUAGUUUCUUUUAGUAAUGCUACAUAUUGUAUGUGUAAAUGCUUGAGUAUUUAAU